AUGGACAGAAGUAGAGAUCGUGGUGGAUAUCAAGGUAGAGGUGAUUACUAAGGCGGAAGAGGUGAUGGCAGAGGCGACGGCAGAGGCUUCAGAGGUAGAGGAGACAACAGAGGUGGAGCUGAUCGUGGUGGCUACCAAGGUGGUGGCGGAGGUAACUUCCCAGCAGGCCCUAAAAUCUACGAGGGAAGAGUAGGCCAACCAACCAAUCUACUUUCAAACCACUUCAAGGUCACAUUGAGAAAUAUGUCUGGGAAAAUAUUCAUUUACAAGCUUGGAUUUACCCCUGAGCCAAAAUUCGGUUUUGAAAAAUCAUCCUUGAUUAAAAAUGCUUCGACUGCUUUGAAUUAAAUCUACGGUAUUCACUUUUCUUACAGUAGUGAUCUCUUUGCUCUAUCCCAAGUCAAAGGAGUCCAACAUGAAAUAACUAUUCGUCUUGAUGGAAGUUUUUCCCUAAAUGAAAAUUUAGAAGAUCAAAAGUAACAUGCUGGAAAAAUUUUGAAUUUUGUCAAUGUGGCAUUCAAAAAAACUCUUUAUGAGCAUAAAUUUAAGCAAGUAGGACGCUUACCUAGAUUUUUCUUGGCUUCUGAGCUAGUACCGAUCGAAAAAUACAGACUCUAGAUGUGGCCUGGUUAUAUGAUGCAAGCCAAGAGUCUCAAUGAUGGUAUGUUCGUGAACAUAGACUGUGCAACAAAAUUUGUUGAGAUGGACUCAGUUUAUGAUUAUAUUUUGGAUCUACAAAAGGAUAGAUACUCUUAAGAUGACAUUAGAGCUGAGCUUGUACCAAAAGAUCCAAACGAGAAAAGAAUGGUUGUAAUAACAAUGUACAACUCGAAAAUCUAUCAACUUGAUGAUGUUAGAUUUGACAUUACUCCUAAAAACCACAUAUUUGAGUAUGAUCUCAUUGAUCCUUUAACAAGAGAGAAAACGAAAUAGAAGACUAACAUGAUUCAGUACAUGAGAAAUAAGUACGGAAUCACUAUUAAUGCUAGAGAUGAAAAUCAGCCAACUUUGGUUGUACACGAGAAAGAUCAUAGCAUCUACUUAGUGCCAUCAUUAUGCUUUAGAGCUAGUCUUGAUAAAAACUUCACUAGUGAUUCUAGAAAAAUGAAAGAUCUAUAAGAAUACAAGCUCAGUCAUCCUGAACAGAGAUUCACUAGAAUAAACUCUUUAGCUGCUAAAUUCUAAGCUGGACAGCUUCUUGAUAGUUGGGGUCUAAAGAUGAAUGCUAACUUCGCUUAAGCAAAAGCUAAACAACUUCCAAAUGCUAAAAUUAUCGACGAUAGAAAGCAAGAAUAAGACUGGUCUGCAUACGAAACUAGAAGAGUAAAGCAUUUACAACCAUGCCAUCUUAAAUAAGAAACUUGGGCUCUAGUCUAUGCUAACAGAGAUUUUGAUAAUGCCAACACUUUGGUUGAAAUGAUGAAGAAAGCUUCUGGUGGAUUCGGAAUAAGAAUUGAAGAUCCAUAAUACGUUGAGGUCUAAAGAAACGAUAGAGCUGAUGAAUAUAUAAAAGGAAUAACUUCUGAUAUUGACCCCAAAUACACAUCCUUAGUAGUUGUUGUAUUAGGAAAAAGAUAAGAUAAACCUAGAGUAAAAUCUUGCCUUGACAACAUGGGUAUUCCAUCACAAUUCAUCUUAUCUGAAACAGUUUUCAAGAAAUCUAAAGCUCUUGGAGUUUUCAGUAAUUUAAUUAAGCAAAUGAAUGCAAAACUAAGACAAGAUUUGUAUAAUAUUGCAUUGCCAUGUUUCAAGAAAACAAUGAUAAUUGGUACAGAUAUUGUUAACACUGGUGGAAACACAAUUCUUGGAUUAUCUGCUUCAUAAAAUUCAACUAUCUCUUAAUACUUCACAAAGAUAGAAACUCAUCCUCUGCCAAAGAGAGAGACAUCAACUGCUGAAAGAUUAUCCAAAGAUCAAAAGGAAUAAAUAGUAACAGAAAAAAGAUGCUAAAUUCUUUGCUAAUUCGUUUGUGAUGCUCUUAAAGGCUAUUCAUAAGCGAACAAGGGUCCAUUGCCAGAUCAAAUCGUUAUCUACAGAGAUGGUAUUGGUGGUCCAACUCUUUAAACCAAGUGUCAAACUUAUGAAGUCCCAAGAGUCAUUGAGGCAAUCUAAUCACAAACUGCAGGAUACAACCCAGCAAUUAUCUACUGCUUCGUAGACAGAAAUGUAACUCAUAGACUAUUUGGCAAGCCAAACGGAGAGGUAAUGAACCCAUCACCAGGUACUGUCUUGGAUGUGGCCUUAGUCGAAAAUCAAGGCGAUAAUACCUACGAUUUCUUCAUGAUCCCUCAUAAGGCUACAGUAGCUACAGCUCAACCAGUACACUACAAAGUCAUUUAUAAUUCCUCGAACCUAAACAAGGAUCAAUUCGAGCUCACUACCUAUCACUUGUGCUACAACUACGUAAACUUCUGUGGAUCAAUUAAGGUGCCUUCAGCCUGUAUGUAUGCCAAGAAGAUCGCUGACUACUCAGCUGAGAAUAAAUGUAAGCCCAAUGAUAGACUUUCAUCAUAUUUGCACUUUUUAUGA